AUGUUCCUAUUCCUAUUAGUUUUAAUUGUUAACUCAAAAAAAGCCAGUUUGUUGGCACAAUUUGCACUAAGUGGCUGCUCACAGACUGAAGUAAUCAAUAAUACAUCUAAAAGCAUGUCAUUGCUAGGUCCAUCAUUUUCUUUGGACUCAAUUGUAUGUAGUCUUGUUAUCAGUGUCGGGAUGCUGUCAGGUGUCCAUCAUUUAGAAGUGUAUGUUUACAUGCAUGUCAUUCAUUGUGAACUAUGUGGUAAUCAUGAUUUUUAUCCAGCUUCUUUAUCCUUGGUAUUAGAUUUACUUAGAAGAGGAGAUGAAAAUGGUAUGCCGUUUUGGGGUGAACGUUUUCAGAUAACUGCGUCAUGA